UAUCUGUGCAGAAAUCUACACAGUGAUUUUUAACGUACUGCAUGUACACGUUAGUGGCAAUGUCUAAUUAUCGGCCGACUUUCUACAUUAUGUCUGCAUUAACAGAUCGUUAUUUUCUGACUAAUCCAUUCAUUAUAGUUCCCGUUCGUUUCGCAAUUUAAGAAACGAAGAAAAUAUAGAAAAUAUAUACGAGUCUAUUUCUAGAAAAAGAUUUCUAGGGAAAAAAUGUUUGAAAAACGAUCGAUAAAGAACGAACUAAUUCGAGCAUUCGAAGCUAAUUUUCGUCAAGAAAGUUUUUCGAUCAUCGUCCAUCGUAGAUAAUGAACGAGGCCGUUAUUACGUCACCGAUUCUCGCUCUGAUUCAUCUUCGCAAACGAAGCGUCAUCGUGAAGGUAACGCGAGAAAGUAACCAAGAGGGCUCCAUCCGCUUAAGAAUCGGAAACAGGGCAAGAGAAAGAAUCUUUGCAAAACCUUUCAUCUCUUCGUUCAAUCCGACGUACUACGUGACGGGAAUCGUCUUUGAUAUGGAUUAAUCGUGAUAAAAAUCAAAAACUGUGACCGAUGUGCUCGUCCCAUAUGCUCUUCGUUCACCAAUCGCGAUCGAUAAGACGGCUGAAAAACAAUUUCUCUCUUUUUCCCCUCGUUUCCCUCGCUCGAUCGAAAAACCUAUUCGAAAAGCAUGAUUCCUCUUCAACCGUUUCGAUCGCUAAAAAGCGAACAAUUUUUCGAUUUUUCUUUACUUUUUUCAAAAUUUAAAUUCUUCCUCAAUUUCGAGCUAUCGAAAGCUAUUCGAAAUUUCUAUCCGAUCUCUCGAGUUAUAUUAUUUUCGACCAUCGAUGUCCAACGAAGAUGCGAAAUUUUCCGCGCGCGAGCGGAGGCGCACAACGAUUCAUCGAUCUUCUUCGUCACGUAUCUAGGAUCGUAUCGGGAAAAAAAACGUAUUGUUUAUCAAGAGAACGAAGGAAAUAUAGAUUGCUUCGCGGUAUAUCGUUGAUAACGAACGAUAAGAAAUCGACGAAGUCACGUUCUCUACUCUCUCGAAAACCGAUCGAUCAAAGAGCAACCACGUCCACGAUCGAGUACGAAAACGAGCGUCCAACAGGAGUUUUCGCGCUUCUAAAGACAGAUCUUCGAGCAAGGGUACAGAAAUGCGUGGAGAAUAAGAACGAGGAAGAAAGAGAUGGACGAGCAUCAGCUAAAAAAUACGGAUGCACGCGGAUCGACACGGAUCGCGUGGAUGUCUCGCGUGGCCACCGAUGGGGAUGUCUUCGUCGAGCCAUCGGCGAGAGGUUGAAAGAGGAGAUUGGGGACGAGCAGAGUUGAGAAAUAUUGGAAAAAGAAGGACAGUUUCGCAACGACGAGACGAAAGAUAAAGAGAGAAAAUUGAUAUUUCAUUUUUCUUUUUUUCUUUUUUGGAUAAUAAAUAUGAAUGGUGGACUUGGAUUUCUUUUCUUUCGCCUCAUUCGACGUUCGUUUUUUUAUUUCCCUUGCGAUCGAUUCCGAAACGAAAAAAAGUGCGUUUACCUGGAUUCUCUGCGGAGUUUCAUCUUAUCGGGGCAUCUUAUCGAACGAUGCACACGCAUCGUCUCGCACCUCUAAUCUCGUAAUAUCGAUUAAAAAGGAGAAUCGAGAAAUAAUAAAAAAAAAAAAAAUAUAUGCGAGAGAUUGAAAAAAAAUUAUAGAAAAAAAAAAAAAGAAAUAUUACGUAGGAAGAAAGGCGGAACGACAC